AUGGAAGAACCAGCCACCCAGACCCCAAACCCAAACAAGAGGAAGAAGGCCGACUCCGCGACUGACACACAAGACCUGCAGACCACGGAUAUCCAGGAGAUUAAGGACCUGAAGGCAACCCUGGAGUUCACUCACCAGCAGAUAGAGGACCUGCAGAGAGACAACUCGGAACUCUGGUCCACGCUGACAGCUGUCACUUCAGAGUCGAGGAGUAUGCGGGAAAACCUGAUCUUCUCUGGCAUCGCUGAAUCCAUGCCGGAUAAUCCAGAGUCCCUGGUUAAAAACUUCAUGGUGUCAGCGCUUAAAAUCCCUGCGGACACGGUUAAAAACAUCACUUUCCACCGCAUCCACCGGCUUGGACCCCGAGGAGGAAACCGCCCCCGUCCUAUCGUCGCAAAGUUCGAGCACUUCCAACAGAAAGUGCUUGUAAGGAGCAAAGGACGGGAGCUGAAAGUCCAGGUCCAGCUCCAGCCCAGAAUCCCCUUCAGUCCCUCUCCCAUUUCUCUCCUUCCUGUCCUUCUAGUCCUCCUGUCCCUUUCGUCCUUCCUGUCCCCCAUCCUUCCUUUCCCUCCCGUUCAGUCAGCCCUUCCUUUCCCUCCAGUUCAGUUUGUCCCUCCCUCCCUCCCUCCCUCCCUCCCGUCCUUCCCUCCUGUCGGUUCCUCUCAUUUUUUCUGCCCUUCCUGUCCUUUUGGUCCCUUCCGCUCUGUCUGGUCCCUGUGUCCUUCUGCGUUUCUGUUUGCUCCUUGGUUGCCCCAGCGGGCCCCUCUUUGGCUGGGUCCGUGGGGCGCCCCUGUCUUUCCCAUCUGGCAUCCCAAAUACCCUUUUCCCCAUCUCUCUCCCUCUCAUGCUCCUCUCCCCCUCUCCUGUUCCUUUGCCCUGUCUGUCUUGCUGUCUCCCAUCCGCUCCUCUGCCCUGUCUGUCUUGCUGUCUCCCAUCCGCUCCUCUGCCCUGCCUGUCUCUCUCUGUCUCCCAUCCGCUACUCUGCCCUGUCUCUCCCCCUGCAGCUCGGUGCCUGAGUGGAGUCUAGCUUCCCAGCUGACUCCACUCAGGCAAUCAACCACCCCUACGGCUCCCGGACAGCUGACGAUCAUCACACUGAUUACUCACCUCCACAAUAAGAACCAGCUCAUCCUUCCACUCCCUGCCAGAUUGUUGAACAAAGACCACACAACCCAGCUGCCCGGGAUCCAGCCACCCAGAACCCUCGUCCACUUUCCCCAGCAACUCAUCAUCACCGGACCCCCCAUUCCGGCCUGGACCCCUCCUGUCCCUGCCUGGACCCCCCCUCCCCCCAGUUCCUGGCCAAAAUCCCCCCACUACACCAGCCGCUCCUGCACCCUGGAUUUUCCCCCCAUCGAGCCACCAUUUCACCUCCAACAAUAAAACACUUUCAUUCCAGCCAGCCUUGGUAGUGUGGCUCUCUGCUUGGGUCCACCCGCUCGUUCGUGACAGCACCCUUACUUCAAGUAAGUUUACAAACGGUCGGUUGUUCUCACAAAUGCAUCAUCAGACUUCAAAGGCCAAAAUAUAAUAAAAAAUGUCUGGCCCAAAUAAGCUCCACAGGUGUCAGGUGAGUUGCAGGAAGCCUGAAAACGUUUGAGACCCCCUCUUCAGGUAGGAUAGGCAGUUGACUUACAAUUUUCAGUUAUAAAAUGAACAUUGGUUAUUAGCUAUGACCAGCUGACAUCUAAAUGAUUUGUUGACAAAAUAAUAUGUUUUUUUUAAUUCCACAUGUUAUAUAAAUAAUAGGAAAAGGAAAACACUGGAAAAAUUGGUGAGGGUAGUGAAGAGAAAAGUACUGGACUGUAUGGAGCUGUCGUUAUGGUUGUGUUUAAUAGACUUACUGUCUGUUUAGUAGUGUUGUAAUUGCUAUAACAUAACUGUAAAAUGCAUAUUUUUGGAAGGAAAAACACAAAAUUUUGGUGCAUUAUCCCACGUGACACAACCCUUGCGGUGGCGGAAGUGGCCUGACUGAUUGGAAAUCUCCCGGCCUGAAUUUCUUUCCCAGUCCGGCCCUGCUUGGAGAUAAAGGAAUCCUGCAGUCCAAGAUUGCAGAAAGCUUUUCUGACACAUUACUCCAAAAAAUUUUAACGGGGGUGCAUAGCCAUAGAGCAUGAAAAUAAGUAUCAGCAGUGUUCUGGGAGCACUGAAGACAGAUUUCGGAGUCGGAGAAUCCCAUUUUCUUCAUCAUGUAUUGAGUAAUAUGUGUUCUAUGGAGGAUUUUGUAUUGAAUGAGUUGUAAGUUUGUGUGUUUUGUCAUUUUAAAUGCAUUAUCACAAAUUUGAGUCCAGAAGUCUAGUUCCGGAGAUAUAGAUAGGUCUGACUCCCAUUUAGAGAUGGGUAAAUAUAUUGUAUCAGUGCUUGAGAGUAGCUUAUAUAUUUUAGAGAGGUUUUUAGUUGUUGUCAGAGAAAGCUUUGAGAUAGCUUUAGCUAAUGCAGGCGGCCGGAGCGUGCCUUGAAGUGUUGGAAUUAUUUUCUAAUAAUAUUUUAACUUGUAGAUAAUGUAAAAAGUUCCCAUUUUUUAUUUUGUAUUUUUGAAGCAAGUUUGUAUAUGACAUGAACGUAUUUUCUGAAAAGAGGUGGUGAAGAUGUGUAAUUCCAUUCUGCUCCCAAGCAGCUAAAUGAAGCGGCUGAUUGUUAACCUGAAAGUCAGGGUUGUGCCAAAUGGGAGAGAACUCACAGGGCUCCAAUUUGGAGUUUGUAAUUUCUAAUGCCUUCCACCAAGCGGUCAAGGUGGAGGAAAUCAUUGGGUUUUUAAAACAGUUGUGUCGUUUAAUGGAUGUUGUAAUAAAGAGUAUGUCUGAAAGUC